AUCCCAAGAUGUUAUAAAUCUAAUGACUUUGGUAAAUUGAAAAGAGCUGAGCUGCACCACUUUUCUGAUGCAAGCCAACAUAGCUAUGGACAGUGCAGUUACCUGAGACUAAUUGAUGAACAUGACAAGGUUUCCUGUUCCUUAGUCAUGGGAAAAUCUAGAGUAACCCCAUCCAAGCCAAUCACAAUUCCAAGACUUGAAGUUACUGCUGCAGUGACAUCAGUGCAAGUGUAUAACUUCUUGAACAAAGAGUUACAAUAUGAAAACAUCACCCACACAUUUUGGACUGACAGUAAGCAACAAUCCUGCAGACUUGGCAUCAAGGAACUAAUUCAGAGUUCUUUAUGGUGGAAGGGACCAGAAUUCUUAUCAACAGCUGAAAUACUACUGCCAACAGAGGGCUGUGCUAUAGAUCUUGAGGCAAAUGACCCUGAAGUUAAGAAAGUGACUGUAUUGACCACACAAGUUAAACCUGAAUGCUUUGUAGAUAUACUAACCAGAUUGCAGUACUUCAGUAGCUGGCAUAAAGCGAAGAGAGCCAUAGCAGUAUGUUUGAGAUUGAAGCAGAAACUACAGAACCGUAGUAUAAAAUUUCCAAAGAAACAAUGA